AUGAGGGCUACUUUGAUUACCGACGUUACCACAAAUCUGCCUAUGUUGGGAGGCAUAAAUUUGUCGGGAUGGACUACUUACUUCUGUGUAUCACAGCCUGCUGGUCUCUCAGUUACCGAACGCAAUGCGCGCCUUCUCACCGAAGCCUAUGAGUUGGCUACCCCAAAGAUCUUGGGGCUGGUACAUAUCUUUGAUCACCAUCACGAGCUCAGUCAAAAAGCAUUACUCACUCGUGCAGCAGACAACAUUUCUGGAAGCCCUGUGGAAUCCCUAGUCGGGAAAUAA